AUGUGUUGCAGUCGCGCCUGUUCAAGGCAUUUCUACCGUCACAUACGGGAUGUUGUUGGCUUAUUUAGGGAGGGUUAUGGGCAUCGCCAAAGAAGUCGUCGCAGAGCGAUAUGGACCAAAAUAAAAUCACCAAGCCGGACAUGCUGGGCUCGUUUGUUGCCCACGGCCUUAAAUAGCCAGAGGGAUGCGGAAGCAGAAUCCCUGGUCCAGAUCGUCGCCGGCUCCGACACAACCGCCACAACCCUCCGCAUCGCCCUCCUCCUCCUCACAACCUCCCCCAAAACCUACACAACCCUCGCCUCCGAAAUCGACAGAGCCAUCUCCCAAUCCCGCAUCUCCUCCCCAGUCACUGACGCCGAAGCCCGUGCCCUUCCGUACCUGCAAGCAUGCAUUAAGGAGUGCUUCCGUUUCUGGCCCCCGAUCACAGGCAUCAUGCCGCGCAUCUGUCCGCGAGAGGCCAUGGUGUGCGAAGUGUUUGGUGGGGACGCGGAGGUGUUUUCGCCUGGCCGGUGGCUGGAGAGGAGGGAAUUCUCUCAGGAUGAGAGUAAUGGGGAAAGGGAGGCGGAGAGGGUGAAUCGGAUGGAGAGGACGGUGGAGCUGGUGUUUGGGCAGGGGAAAUGGGGGUGUUUGGGAAAGCCAAUCUCGCUGCCGGAGAUUAACAAGGUGCUUGUUGAGCUACUCCGCCGCUUCGACUUCGCCAUCCUCAACCCCGCGCAUCCGAUGGAUACGUUCAACUAUGGCGUGUCCGUGCAGAAAAAAUUUGUAUAUGAAGAUAUCACGGCGGACAGAUAUCCCAAACGCGGACUUGUAAAAAUGUUCCGGUGUGGACAUGAUUGA